GUUUUAAGGUGAUUUAAAUGAACUAGAAUCAAAUUUUUUAAGGAAUGGAAGAGACGACAGUUUUACGUUGUCUUUCUCUUAUGAAAUCUAAAGAGGAUACAUCAAAAUUUGUAGCGAUUUCUAUAUUACCAUCUAUACUUUCUAAAAAACCAUCAUUAAGUUAUGAAUGUUGGGAGGCAAUGGACUUUAAAUGGAUUGAUAGGUUAUUAAGAUCAAGUGGAGGAACAGAAGAAUCAUCAGAAUAUAAGAUUCUUGCAGUAAAUAUUCUUAUUUCAUUUGCAUCAUUUCCAAAACUAUCAGAACAUCCAGAUAUGAUUAAUCGAAUACCUUGUUUAAUAUCUAUAUUAGAAGGAAGGAAAGGGAAUUAAUGUUUGAGAAGGAAAAUUAAAGGAAUUUAGGGAUGUUUCAUUUAUAGAUUCUACAUUGGACUUGCUUACAAUAUUAUCACAGUCAAAACAGGGUGCAUUGAAGAUAUUAGAAUGUCAACAGUGUAGAAAUAUGAAUAAUUUUAUUGAAACAUUAGAUGAAGUACUAUUUGAAAAGAUGAUUAAUAUGAUGAAACAUGCAUGUAUAAAAUCAGUAUCAGAUAUGGAGGAGAUUAACUUUAAAUUAUCACUCAAAAAAUGUAUAAAUGAUAUGAUAAAUAUUCUAGAAAAUAGCAAAGGCAAAAAAAGAUUAAUUAUGUUUUCUUUUUUUAAUAACGUAUUUUCAAAUAUAAAUACAGGAAUUUGUAAUGCUCUGAUUAAAAAUGUGGAAAUCAAAAAAGCAUUAUAUAAUAAUUUACAUACACUUAUAAAAGAAGAUCAAUCUGAUUCUACUCGGAAAAUGACAUCAAAUCUUUUAUGUUUAAUGCUUCGUUUACAGAAUCUUGAAUUUAUAUUAUCAUCUGCAUCAAAUGAAGAAGAAGCUAGGACUUUUUGUGUACUAUUUACUAAUUUAGCAUCAGUGGAUAUCAGAUCAAUAUUACCUACUGUAAUGAAGAAAUUAACAUCUCAAGAUAUUAACGAAGAAUCUCACAGACUUUCAACAGAUUAUGAAAUUUUGGAGUCUAUGAUCAUUUAUCUUUCAAAUUCAGAAACAGUGAUUUUUCAAUUUUCAGAAUUGUUGCUUUUGCAAAGAUCAUUUAAAGAAGCAUUUGAAGAAUCAAUAGAUUUUUUAAAAGAUAGGUGGGAUAAUUUUAAUAAAAAUAAAAAUUCAUUGAAAAAUGAUCCUGAAAUUUUUGACGAUCUAAUUGUAAUUUCAUCUGUAAGAUCAUUAUGCUUGUGGUUAAAAGAAGACGACAGUUUAAGAAAAUAUGCGAUAUCUAUAAUGGAUAUGUUUAUGUAUUUAUGGAAUAAAAAAAAUACAUCUGAUAUUGAUUAUCGAUUAUGGAUAUGUGAUGGAUUACAAGGAAUAAUUACUACAGAAGAGGGAUGGAAUAGUUUUCAUAACUUGGGAAUUUGGAAUGUAAUUUCUACCGAUCUCAUAAAAAACGAAUUGGAAGAAUCAGAUCAUUCAUGUAUAUAUACCAAGCUAUCAGAAUGCGACUUAUUGCUCCAAGCUAUAGAAAGAUAUCAAAAUCCUCAGGAAAACUGGAUUGACAUAAUUAAACAUCCAAAAAAAAUCAACAAAAAUGAUCCUCUUAAAGCAGAAUUUCUCAUUAAAAUAAUUAUUCUUAGUUUAAUUAUCUUUCAAAAAUUAGGAAAACAUUUUUCAAAGCAAAAUGAACAGCUUUUUUCUGAGCAUCUAGAAAUAUCACUAACAUGGAUACAUUUCCUCGACUCAAAAAAACUCAAUUGUUCUUGGACUAUUCCUAUAGAACUAAAAGACAAAAUGCUCAUUCAUCUACAAGAUUUACAUUCUUUGAAAUAAUUCAUAUAUCUAUUUAACAUACAUAUAUACAUAUAUACAUAUAUAU